CUGUUGUGUUUUCGCAUCCAUGACGAACACGAUUGAGUAUUUCUGGUUUCCGGGACUGUUUUAAGCUUUGACAGGCGUCAUAUUAGCUUGAGAUGUAACUUGUACAUAAGCACACAUGCAGUAUCUGUGUAGCAUUGCUAAUAUGGACAAGCUGGGAACCUUUUCUUAAAUUGUAGAACCAGAAACUUCACACAUACAAUGUCAUCAAGAAGUGACCCCUCGUCUGGACUCCCCGGCCCCUCGGGAGUCGGGUCUCCCCUCCACAGCAUGCUGCAUUUCUUCCCCCAGGGGCACGAGAAACCCCUCAAACAGGCGUUCUACAACACCGCUGCAAAUCUCUUCAUACUGUUUGCCAUCGGAGCUGCCGUUGCCGUGUAUUUCGUCCUGGAAGCCUUCCUCCGACCGCUGCUAUGGGCCGUAUUGUGUGGCACAUUCCUCUACCCUUUUAAGUACCAGAUCACCAACUUUGUCCAGGGUUGGCUGCAGAGUUUAAGUGACUCGGACACACCCUUAGCAGUAGGGGUCGCCAUCUUGCCGCUCACUGCGGUGAACUACUCGGCUAACCUGCUAGGGGGCCUCUUUUCACGGAAAUGGAAGCUCAUUCUCGGAGUUGCCUUUGGGAUGCCGGCCGUGUACUUUCUGUACUACUUUGGCCCGCUGGAGAAAAUGCUGCAUGCUGUACAGGGGUUGGUCCAUGCAGUGUACCACAUGCUGGGGUACUUCAGUGCUGUCUGGGUCUGGACAACAGUGGUUGCAUAUCUAGUGGCUGUUGUGUUCUGGUGGAAACCGGGAACAAGCACAGCCCUCAGGGUGCUCUCCAUCCCGGUGUGGGCAGUGCUGCUGCUCCACCUAGCAACCGUUGCCGGGCCCUUCCGGGUGCCCCUGUUUGUUGCCGUGGUAACCAUCAUGGUGGUGGGGUUCGUGGCGGAGCUGAGGGCUGGAGCCACAGCUGAUAUUCUUGCAAAGAUCGACCUUGUGUUACCUGCAUCGAGACUGCAGGUUCAACCCACAUCCACAUGUAACCAGGGAAACCUGGUGACCACCACAAUGUUUGACCAGAGUGACAGCGAACCCUCCCCUCAGAAGCAGCCUUCCUCGGCUGAAACCAUUCGCCCAGCAUCUCUCCCGGACACGCCCAAAAGACAGAGCAAGUCCUUGCUGGAGUCAACGCAGGCCAGGAAGAAAUCCAAGCAGAUGCCGUUCAGUAACAAGUGCAUCCUGUGGCUGGUGUAUGCUAUCGUAGUGGUGCGGCUCUGGAUGAACCUCUGGAUUCUGGAGCUUCUGCCCAUUCCACUCAGUGUGUUGCUGUUUAAAAAGAUAGCUGUCCGAGUCAGCACAUGGGAAGUGUUCCAGACCAAACUACAGCACCAUAAACAGACAGCUAAGGACUGGCUGUCAGUUAGACAGGAGGCCCUGGCACCCAGACCUAUCAGGGGGCUCUGGAAACUGUUUCUGCAGGGGGACAAAAAGAUUUCCAACAUGCUUGAGAAGUCGCUGAAUGCUCUGACCAGCACUUUUGUCAUCCUCCUGCUGUUGGUUGGUACAACGCUCCUCACUAUACUACUCGCCAUCCAGGUUCACCAAGAGAGUGUCCAUCUGGUGAAUGUGACCAGUAAUGUGUUAAAUGAGACUUUACACCCAGAUAUCAAUGAAUGGCUGUCAGACAGUGGAGGCAUACAGACUACCAUGGACUCUAUGAUGGACAAUGCCUAUGUCUAUGGGAGAGAGUGGAUAGCAGCAAAGAUCAAUGAUGGCCUGUCUGGGCAGCCCGUGGACAAGAAGCUGAUAAAACGACAAGUUCUGGAGAUCUGGGACCGGCUGUACCAUACCUGGCUGGCCAAGAAUACUACAGUUGUGUCCAAUAAACUGUCAAAACACGGGAACAUGACCAAUAGUUUGAUGAGCGUCUGGCAUGGUGUCAGCCACCUGGGUCUGUCCGAGGUCUCCGCCUUCGUACAGGAGAACAUGAGCACUCUCAUGUCAGUUCUUGAGUCCAUCUGGGCUGUACUAAAGGGAAACAUUAACCUGGCCCUUAGUAUGGUGACAGCCACCAUAUCUAUUGUGUUCUUCAGUGGGACUGCUAUUCUCAACUUUGUCCUCUCUACGGUUAUUUUCCUGACGACGCUGUUCUACCUCCUGAGUGUGAGUGAGAACCAGUACAAACCGGUGGAGUGGAUCGUGAACCUGUUCCCCAGCCCAGGACAGGGGGGAUCCACUAACAGGCUGGGGCAGACAGUGGAGGAAGCCAUCAGGAGUGUGUUUGGAGCAUCUCUAAAGAUGGCUGUGUUCUAUGGCCUGUACACCUGGCUCACGCAUACUGUGUUUGGGAUCAACAUUGUCUUCAUUCCUUCAGCACUUGCAGCAGUGUUUGCAGCGGUCCCGUUCGUGGGUACGUACUGGGCAGCCCUGCCCGCGGUACUGGACCUGUGGCUGGUACAAGACAAGAGUGUGCUGGCCAUCCUGCUGGCCGUGUGUCACCUCAUACCCAUGUCGUUCGUGGACACAGCGAUCUACAGUGAAAUUAAAGGUGGAGGCCAUCCGUACUUGACCGGCCUGGCCGUGGCCGGAGGGAUCUACAUCGCCGGGCUGGAGGGCGCCCUGAUCGGCCCCAUCCUGCUGUGCUGUCUGCUGGUGGCCAUGAAUGUGUACAGCGGGAUGAUACAGGGGUCUGGCAUGACGCCAACGUCAGAGCACGGCUUGAGAGCGUACAGAAGCACCCCUGUGCCGUUAAAAAGAGCUUUCAGCGAAGCUGACCAACAUUGAUGCAAUAUGUGGUCCACGUGUUACAUUAACUUACAAGAGCUGCUUUUAAAGUUUAGCCAAAUGUUGCAAACACAGACUGCCGGUACAACCAGACAUCUUCUUUGUCCACACUAUGUUCUUGUUGUGAUGACAUCUUUGAGUUCAGACUCCUUUCUAUACUGCAUAGAGAUUGUUGAACAACCAAAAUUGCUUGUGUACCACCUGUGAUUUUAUAAAUUGAAUGUGAUCCAUGAUGUUCAACAUGAUUUGAAAGACAACAAAAUAUGCAACACUUAAAAUACAUUUCUUUAUCAAUGGAAUUUUAUUUGAUGACAUUUUUGGCUGGUCAACUGUUGCCUCUCCAGCAUAAAAAAGGAUACAACAAAUAUAAAAGAGUUAUUUGGUAACAGGUUCUAGAUUCAUUUGGGUUGAGUGCAAGGGUACGACCUGUUUGUUUGAACCUUUGUAUAUUCAUGAGAAGCUCAAAUCAGCCCGUAGGCUGCCUUUUAUUGAGACAAUGAGGAAAUAGGAAAGGGUAAGACCAGAACACUGUAUUUUUAGAUACCAUCUAAUUGAGCUUUUCCUAUCAAACACUCUUAUCUCAAGUUUUUAUCUAUUUAUUUUUUAGAUUUCUACCAACUAUUCUGGGAUUCAAUUAUCCCAGAUUGAUACCAACUCUUUAUUGCACAACUAUUCUGGGAUUCAAUGUUAUUAUUCAAAAAUUCUUAUCUGAAGUUUUUAAUUACUAUUUUUUUUUAGAUUUCUCCUAAGUUGAAUGAAGGUAGUUUACUCCAACAAAACCAUAUGGCUCUAUAGCUUCAUGACACCGCUAUUCUGGGAUUGAAGUUAUCAAACACUCUUAUCUAAAGCCUGUAUAUGUUUCUUUUAGAUUUCUCCCAGAUUGAAGGUAGUUUACUUUUAACAAAGCCUUAUGGCCUUUAUGGCACAACUAUUCUGGGAUCUUAUAAUUGAAGAUGGUUUCGAGGAGCUUUUGAUGGUAUCAAGGACAUUAUUAAGUGUCAAGUGAAGAGACUCGUGGUGUGUGCACACCAGGUGCUUGUGGCAGUACAAUUUGUGUACAUUAAAGGUGAUGAAAAAUACCACUACUAUUGCCAUGAUGUAGCUAUAGAAAUAAAGAUAUAUAAGAAAUAGAAUAAUGAAUUUUAUACAUGUUGCUGAUGUCUUUAAGUUUCAUUUUAAUUCUACCUUAAUGUUGAUGCCUGGUUUAACCCAACUUUGGUUUAGGGGACUCAUAGCAGUAUAUGGGUUCAUGUUCACAUUUCUGUCAAACAGAAUUUGCAAAUUUUAGAAGUUAUUCACUUUUGUCUUUUUUCCUUCGUCCAGAGGAAAAUAGUUGAUGAAUGAAAUUUUAUAUUUCCUUUUCUAUGAGAUGUCUCACAACAUUGACAUGGCCUAUGUGUAUAAAAGGUGCAGACAAACAUGCAUGUUAGAUGAAAAUAGCUAGGAGCUGCAAGCUGCCUAUUUCUCACUGCUGUGUACAACAGAAAAUGCUUUGGCCUAUAGAACUUUUAAUUUAAAAGAACAUGCCGGACAAUCAACCCAUAGAGAUAUACAUUGUAUAUCACACUGUGCAAGCUUACAAAAGCUUACAGAUACACAGCAUGACUAGCAAUUUUCUAAUAGAAAGAAUACAACACAGACUGAAAUACUUCAGACUAAAUAAUUCCUAUGAAAAAUUUUAAGGACAUCAUAUUACAAAUUACAUGACAUUUGUGUAUAUGUUGCACUCAAAUGAUCAAAAUACAUUUACCCUGGCAUCUGUGAAGAAACAAAAUGUUGAUCAUUUUUGUUGACAAUUUGCAGUUAUGUACAAGUAUGACUUACAUUCAAUAACACAACCUGCACAUACUUCUCAGUGUUAAGAAGUAACUGUUGAUGAAUAUUAUAUUUUGUUCCUAAACUGACUGUUACACUGUACUUAUCAUUGAAUGCAGUACCUAUCAAUUAUUGCAACUAGAACUUAUUUCACUGUUCACUUCUCUUCAGUUAGGUGCUUUUAUUACUAGUAUCAAUUUUUAAAUAAAAAAGCUGCAUCCUGUUGUAUGAAACAAUGUCUAAAACCCUUAGCUGGUCUCCUAAAAAUAAACGCUGAUAUUUUUACAUGAAAUAUUAUAUAUAUAACAUCACAAUUUGGUUUUAAAACCACAGCUAUGCAGCUUUCUCUGUUGUUAACAUUACCUAGCCUGUAUGUCCUUAAACUGUAUACAACUGCAAAAUAAACCAGCAUUAUUUCCUGGGAAA